AUGAAGUUUAUGAAGUUGGGUUCAAAGCCUGAUGCUCUCCAAGCUGACGGAAAAUCUAUCAGGUAUAUAUCAUCUGAAUUGGCUACAGAUAUUAUCAUAACUGUUGAUGAAGUGAAGUUUCAUCUACACAAGUUCCCUCUACUGUCCAAGAGUAAUCGUUUACAAAAGUUGCUGUCAAAGGCUAAUGAAGAGUAUUCUGAUGAAAUUCAAUUGGAUGAUUUUCCGGGUGGUCCCAAGGCCUUUGAAAUAUGUGCAAAGUUCUGCUAUGGAAUGACUGUUACUCUUAAUGCUUACAAUGUUGUGGCUGCUCGUUGUGCAGCUGAGUACCUUGAAAUGACUGAGGAUAUUGAGAAAGGGAACUUAGUUUUUAAAAUUGAGGUGUUUCUUACCUCGAGUAUAUUUCGUAGCUGGAAGGAUUCUAUAAUUGUUCUCCAAACUACUAAAUCUCUUCUGCCAUGGUCUGAGGACCUAAAGAUAGUUGGGAGAUGCAUAGAUUCCAUAGCAUCCAAAACUUCUGUGGACCCAGCAAACAUAACUUGGUCUUACACUUGUAACCGGAAAUUAUCAGAGCUUGAUAAAAUUGUUGAGGACAAGAUAGCACCACAAGAGAAAAUUGAGCCUGUUCCCAAGGAUUGGUGGGUUGAAGAUAUAUGUGAGAUGGACAUUGAUCUAUAUAAACGGGUCAUGAUUACCAUCAAAUCCAAGGGAAGAAUGGAUGGAGUUGUGAUUGGUGAGGCACUAAAAAUCUAUGUUGUAAGAUGGUUGCCUGAUUCUGUUGAUGCAUUGGUUUCCGAUGCCCAUGCCCGGAGGAACAAAUCUCUUGUAGAAACAAUUGUCUGUUUAUUGCCGUGUGAUAAUGGCAUGGGUUGUUCAUGUAGUUUCUUGCUGAAGCUAUUGAAAGUGGCCAUAUUAGUUGAAGCUGAUGAGUCUUCGAGGGGACAAUUGAUGAAGAACAUUGCCUUGAAAUUGCAUGAAGCUUCUGUCAAAGAUUUACUGAUUCCAGCAAGGCUUCCUCAGAUCACCAAAUAUGAUUUUGAUCUGGUGCAAAAUCUUUUGAACCUGUACAUGACUAACGUAAAGGGAAGCCAUGAUAUGGAGGUUGAGGACAAGAAAGAUAAAUCAAAUGAGUCUAUUUUAGUACAGAGGUCUUUAUUGAAUGUUGGCAAGUUGGUAGAUGGUUAUCUUGGAGAAAUUGCACAUGAUCCAAAUCUCAGCCUCUCCAAUUUUGUUGAUUUGUCACAGUCAAUUCCGGAUUUUGCUAAACCAAAUCAUGAUGGUCUGUACAGGGCUAUAGACAUCUAUUUGAAGGAGCACCCAGGUUUGACAAAAGGUGACAGGAAAAAGAUAUGUGGCUUAAUGGAUGUCAAGAAAUUGACAGUGGAUGCAUCAAUGCAUGCAGCACAGAACGAACGCCUUCCCCUUCGAGUCGUUGUGCAGGUUCUUUAUUUUGAGCAGAUCAGAGCUGCCACCAAUGUCCGGACACGCGAUUCCACACAGGCACUGGUCAAUGGAGAUGAGGAGUGUGUGAAAACUGGGGGAGAGAGCUGCCAUUCCCUGAACAACCAGAUGUGUCAAUUGAAGAUCAGAGAUGAGGAGUUUCACAAGAAUGGGAAGCUGAACAAGAAGAGUAGCAAAAACAGCAGAAGUGGCAUGCAGUUGCUGCCAUCAAGGUCAAGGAGGAUCUUUGAUAAGUUAUGGAUUGUUGGAAAAGGGCAGGGAGAAAAUAGGAGUUCAGAGACUUCAGGGAGUUCUAAUAGUCCAACUUCUGUAGUCCCUGGAGACACCAAAUCAUCUGGUUCAUCAUUGAGACACAGGAGGCAUUCUAUCUCUUAG